GGAGCCAUAUUGAUUUUUUGCAAUGAUUACCAGGACGGGUGGUGGUGCGCGGGCCUGUCGGGUCGCCGUUACGUGAAGCGAGAGCGAGGAUGCACUCCACCUGGCGCGCUUGCGGCCGCCGUGCGCACGCUGCCGACGACGACGCUCUGUGACGCGAGGGCGACCUGGUGUGCGACGAGGGAGAGCGCGGCGUGGCCGCGACGAUGCCGUCGGCGCCCCUUCGGCACCGCGGCCGCGACAUUUCCAUGGAAACGUAGACGCGCGGCUGGCGGCUGGUGCUGCUGCGGGAGUCCGUCCGUCAGUUCCCCGUCCGUCAUCGUCGUCGUCGUCGCGAUGCCGCGUUAGGUUAGGUUCAUCCGGCUCGCCACCGGGACUCACGUCGACGACGGCACCUCUGACGACUCGUCGUCUUUGCUCCGCAAUUGGAUGAGCAGCAAGCGUAGAAGAUUGGAAUAUAGAGAAAGCGCAGCUGCCCUCUUUGCAAGAAGAGCAUCAAGUGACGUUAGUGUCCGCAUGACAUUGCCAUCCUUAGAUUUUGUACAAUGAGCAGCUGGACAGAGAGGAUGCAUCGACGCGCUGCUACGUUAGGAAAUGUUGUAACCAGCUGCGGACAUCCUUCCUCAGUACCACCAUAUCCGAGACGCCUGGAAAAAGUCAAGUUUGGAGUACCCUUGGAUGAAGUGUGUAAGAAUGAUAUUCCUGGCCCCUUAUUGGUCCUUAUAUUGAAAUUAAACAAGGAGGCUCCGCUCAGAAAAGACGUUUUUCGGGCGCCUGGUCACCAGGGUAAUAUGAAGAAAUUGAUUCAUUUUCUGCAAACUGGACACCUUGUCAAUAUGGACAAUUUUAGCGUUUACACGAUAGCUAGUGUUCUGAAGAAGUUUUUACGCAAGAUACCUGGCGGAGUGUUUGGGAAAGAAGGCGAACAGCAGCUAUUCACCGUAAUUCAGCUAGAUAGCAUAGAACAACAACGGGACCAGAUACACAGAUUAAUUACCUCCAUGCCAAUAUAUACGCAACGGUUACUGGUGUUACUAUUCGGAACAUUCAGGGUAGUAGCAGUAAAUAGCGAGCGGGCGCACACGGGGAUGACCAGCGAAGCCCUGGGAGUAUCCGUGGCACCCUCGUUCUUUCAGAGUUGCGUCAGCGACGGCAAGACCGCUAAGAUGGAGGAUGUUCUCAGGUUUAAGAUUGCCACACGUGUCACCAAGUUCAUGAUAGACAAUUUUGGCGUUUCGAAUCUGUUCGGAAGGGAUAAUUAUGAAUUUUACGCUCGUAUAACCGGCCGAAUAUUGAAGGUGGAGGAAGACUGGAUCUUCAGUUUUAGAUAUCCGCCAGAUACUCUCGUGUCGAGACAAUUGUCACUGGAAGCGGAAAAGACGUGGUUGCAACACGAGUGUGAAAGAUGGGGACUAAGGUUUAAUUUAGAAUGUAUGUCACACCAAGAGGAAUCACAAUCAACUCCGGCGUUGAUCCACAUGCCGGAGAUGGUGAAUCUCGCGUCGUCGCUAGGCAUGAUACCGGAAAACACCUUACUCGAGAGUUACACGCGACUCUCGGUUAGUUUAGAAGAGAACGGUCUGUUCCAGGCGCCCAGUCGUUCGUCGAGUAACGGCAGUCAUCAUUCUAGACGCGCAGCGGCGGGUAUGACCCUGGACGAAUUGCGCGCGGUGAAUCGCUACGCCGAGAGUACCAAGAGUCUCAGCUACUUACCACAGGUUCACGAGAGACAAGCCGCGCGAAUGCGAACUAGAUCCGAAUGGUUUCUCACACCUGUGGGGGAAAGACUGGUGGGAACGGAUAGCGAUCCCACAGCGAUACACGUUUUACGUGGUUCCAAUCGGUCUUCCUCUGGCAACAUUGCUGCAGGCCUAAGUGCCAGCGCGGAGUCGGUAAAGCGACCAAGUCUGCGAAGAAAUUCGUCUAGGGAGAAACAGCGUCUACAUCGCAGUUCAUCUCGUCGCAACAAGGAGAACGGCGCGAAGGGAGGUGUUCGCUCGGCGGCGGCAGCGGCAGCAGAUGUAUCGCGUUCUCUGGAGGCGAUCAAGAGCGUAAAGAUUGUGCGAGUGACGGUAGAUCAACAACAACAGCAGCAGCAGCAACUGGCGGCCGAGAAGAUGCUGGACAAUAGCUACAACGAGAUCAUCGAAGAGCAGACGGCACGCGUGCCGUCGCGCACCGGCGGUGAUGGCAUUAUCGGACCACAGGAUUGCACCGAGAUGGAUGUAAAAACAUUUCACGUUACUCUGACAUACAAGCCGCGAAUAUAAGUGAUUUCUUGUUUCUGAUUUUCUUUCUUUUUUUUUUUUUUUUUUUUCUUUUCUUUGUAAUCCCUAUUUAGAAACUUUGAACAAUAUUUUUUAUUAUUUCUUCGUUUAAAAUACGUUGCGUGUAACUCUAAAUGUGCUAAAUCGUGAAUGCAGAACGACUUCUCAUCUCGCAAUCUCGAUAAUUUUAAAAGUAUCAGAUUUAUAUAAGCGUUACUCUAUUUACAUACAAAGGCUACGAAUAUAAACAAUUGUUUUUUUUUUUAAUCUCGACGCUCAGUAAUAUAAAUUCGGAUGUUAUCUUUUUCUCGUGUAAAAUUAUUAAUAAUUUUAAUUUAUACGGAAAUCUUAUUUAUUGUUGCUGUAGUUAAAAUGUUUUGUUCGUUUUGGAAGUUAUUCGUGAAAUUUUAUCGUUUCGAAAUAUCCUUAAUAUCGACAACAAUAUCCCAUAAGAUGAUAAAUUACAUUAUCUCGUUUUAUUUUGAUUUUAUGUCGUAAAUGUAAAAUGAUUUCGGUUACUCCCUAAUAGACACUAUCUAUCGUGGCAUUCCAGAUGCAUUUACUCUUGCCCCGCGAUACUUUUAACUCAUCUUUUUUUUAUACUUGUGCACAUACUCGAUAAUUUUAUUUAAUCGAAACAUCCCUCGUUUUAUACAAAUCAUAUCACAUCAUUUGUAUUUAUUCCAAGCUAAUAUUAGAACAUUUAGAUACUCGAAAUCUUUUUCCAUCGAUCACUGUUGUGUGACUAACGUAAUUACCGGGUACUCCGCGGAGUAUCCGACUGACAAUGACUGACAAAUUUUGAUCUUAUAAAUUUUUCAUUUCAAUCCGUGCGUGUCUCUUAAUAAAAGCACUGAAAUAUUCUUUUGCACUACAACGCGAGCCACCAAUUUGCGAAUUAAGCUGUAAAAACGCGAACUUAUAGAUAAGAAGAUUUUACAAUUUAUUUAUAAUUUUAAAUAUAGAUCUUUAAUAAAAUUUAUAUUUAAGAUUCGUUAUAUAUUUAUAAAUAUUUAAAUUAGUUAAAAAUCGUGAAAAAAUUGAAUAUUAAAAACGAUCUCGUAAAUUUCAAUAAUCUUGAAGUAUAUGUAAUCAAUGCUAUGGCCCUAUGAGCAACAUUUGAAAGAUUUUAGCCAUCACUAAUUUUGCAAAAUUAUAAACAAGUUAUAAAAUCGUAAUUUAAUAAAAAGAAAAGAGAUGGCUUUCACAAUAAAAGUUUUCUGAAAAUACUCUUGGGAUAAAGUUUGCCGGGUAUUUCGCGGAAUACACUCUGUGAAAAUAGAAUACGAUAGGUCGUGUAAUAAGUAUUUACGAGAAUUUCUUUGACGCGACGUGCCGGUUGCAAAUGCUAGCAUAUAAAUGCAUCGUCACGUUUGUUACAUGCCAAAUUAGUAAUAUUUAUCAGAUGUAUUUAUAAGCCGUCGAUUGUAAGGAUGAUUGUGCUGUCGCGUGUAUGUUAGGAAAAUUGUUAACGAUAAGACUCUACAGGACGAUUCGAUGGAAACGAGAUACUUUCUAAUAUCUUUCUCAGACUCGACGAUGCAGAAAAAUUUGCGCAAUACAAUUAAAGUUUUUUUCAAGAAAAAAAAGGUCAUUAUAUAUAAUAUCUUUUAAUUAAAGGCUAUACACGUAUAUCACAGCUCAUAUCAAGAGGGAUUCAACGUAAUGACCUUAAAUAACGAAAAAUUAGAAAAUCUUGAAGAUUUUAAUCUUGUUAUUUUGUACCAGAUUUUUAUAUAUUGAAUAAUUUUAUAUAUUGAAUAUUGAAAACUUUUAGAGUCGCACAAAUUGUAUUGUUCACAUUUCUUUUCUGAUUCUCGAAUCCAAGAGAGAUAACUAAAGAGUCUAUUUCUGGCGAUUUAUCCAAAGAUACGUAAAGGCUAUCGUAAGAUAGUAGUACUCGAUAUAUUAUUCUGAUCUAGAGCGAAACAAGAAAUACUUAUCUAGAGUAUUUUUCUUGAUAAAAAAGCAAGAUAAAACGACGUACAUACAUAACGAUAUGCUACACAACGAAAGUGUUCCAUAAAUAAAAGUACAUGUAGUAAUUGAUGGAGUUCGUGACGAGUUUUCCAGGUUGCGGUUGGUUAAACCGAUCGCGACCGAUCCUAAGAAAAAAGAAUAGGCAAUUCACGGAAUAAUAUUGCGAAAAAACAUGUCGCGAGAAUGCGAACGCGAGAAAGAGAUACACAUUUCCAAAUCUCUCUCGCUACUAAAGAACUUACUUCCAAACCAUCUUGAAUGCGUAUUCGUCAAUAAUAAAUAAUUAAGAACAAUUGAAUAAACAUUAUGAAGCCAAACUUUACAACAAGCUAAUUUUUACGAGAGACAAGAAUUGAAGAUGGUUUGGGGAUAAGCCGUUUGAGGAUAAUCUCCUCUUCGCGAAGGCCACAUUAAGCGUAAAUUAAUAUAUAUUUAUGAUUAAAUAAUAGGGCAUGUAAAUAUUUAAUACCAAAAAUGUAAAGUUCUUAUGAUAUAUUGGACGUAAUAUAUAUACAUAAAUGUAAACGUGAAAGUAUGUAUGCGGUCGUGUUGAAUAUCGUAUCGAAUCGCCUCGAUGUCUCGCGAGAGCGCGAGGAGGGGGAGAUUCAAGUGGCGAACAGAGGGAAGAAGAUGCAGGCCCAGAUGAGGAGGCACGCGAUCAGAAACAGCAUCAGCCUCGAACGGAAAGUGUCCCAGCCGAUCAGCAUCAUUCUUGGCUGCGUGCGUCUUUCCGUCGCGGAAAACUGAAAUGAGUUUUUUCGAUAGAGAGAUACGCGUGUAUAUUAAAGGAAGAGACCAAAACGGACGGGAACAAGUCACAUUGUCGCCCGGCAGCUCCUCCUCCUCCUGCUCGUCGUUAUCGUCGUCGUCAACCUCGUCAUUCCGCAAUCGCAUCUGCGCGUUCGGAUGCUGUUGUCGCAUCGGGUGCGUCUCCCGAUCUCGCGUGCUCGCUGACGUUGUUGACGGCUGCCAGCUUCCGAUUGAUCCGUUGGGCCGUUCCUCGUUUUCGAUCACGAUAACGUCGCCUGCCGCGGAUUCGCCAAGAUCGUUAUCAUGCGAUUGUCCCGCAAGAUACAUGCUCGAUCGCGUGCGCAGUCAUAUUUUUCGUACCAACGACAAUUUCAGGUACUGUAAGGGACAAGAGGGGACUUGGUAGUUUCGAUUUGACAGAUGGAAAAGAUACAUGUAAGAGAAAUCAUGAAGAGUCCAAUCUGUAUAAAUGUAUAUCGUGGAAUAUGCGAGAUUUAAAUUGUUCGAAUCCCACCUCUCUCUCUCCCUUACAUUACGGUUGUCUCGCCUAUUGCAGUCCCGGCCAAAAAUAUCGUUAAAUCAUCUUGACCGAAAAGUUUGUUCGUCGACUAGCGUGACGAAAAAAGAGCGAAGAAAUUUUUCGAUCAAUUCUAACUAAUUUGUAAAGUUAUUAAGAUACAGCGCAAUUUUUGAAGAUUUUCUCAAGAUUCGCGUUUCUCUUUCUCUCUCUCUCUAUCUAUCUAUCUCUCUCAGUAUUAUUUAUAACUCAAUGUGUUUGCCGUACAUAUUUUUUAAUUUUUGAACACCGAUUUAUCAUGCGAUAUCCGCUCGAAACCUAUGUAAAGGAUCGAAUAAUUUGCAUACAUUGCGUAUAUAACAUAUUUUAUUCGAAUAUAUUUACAGACAUACAAAGCGUUUAUAAAACGGUACGAAAUAUACAAUAUUACAAUCUUAAUUACGAAAGCUUAAGGCUGCCGGAGAUCCUUUCUCUUCCCCAUCCUUGAGCUUUCGGUUGUUUUUGAAUCUCUGUUUACAGAUUUCAUCGAGUGCAAACCGCGCUGUCGAAACAAGUAUCCGGCACAGCCAUUUUAUAAACUUAUAAGAUCCGUUAUUAAAUCAAGAAUUAUUAGCACA